AUGGCGGAGGCUGAGGCGGGCGGCGACGAUGGCCGCUGCGUCCGGCUCAGUGCCGAUAGGGCCCAGACGCUGUUGGCCGACGUGGACACGCUGCUCUUCGACUGCGACGGCGUGCUGUGGCGAGGGGAGACUGCCGUACCCGGCGCGCCGGAGGCGCUGAACGCCCUGCGGGCCCAGGGCAAGCGGCUGGGCUUCGUGACCAACAACAGCAGCAAGACCCGCGAGGCCUACGCGGAGAAGCUGCAGCGCCUGGGCUUUGGCGGCCCCGCGGGGCCCGGCGCCGGCCUCGAGGUUUUUGGCACGGCCUACUGCGCCGCCUUAUACCUCCGUCAGCGCCUAGAGGGCGGCGGGGUCCCGGCCAAGGCCUACGUGCUGGGCAGCCCGGCCCUGGCCGCAGAGCUGGAGGCCGUGGGCAUCGAGAGCGUGGGUGUGGGUCCCGAGCCCCUGCAGGGGGUCGGACCCGGCGACUGGCUGGCAGAGCCCCUGGAUUCCGGCGUUGGCGCGGUGGUGGUGGGCUUCGAUCCCCACUUCAGCUACGCGAAGCUGACGAAGGCCGUACGCUACCUCCAACAACCAGGCUGCCUCCUCGUGGGCACCAACAUGGACAACCGACUCCCACUGGAAGGCGGAAGCUAUAUUGCCGGUACUGGCUGUCUUGUCCGAGCUGUGGAGAUGGCUGCACAGCGGCAGGCAGAGAUCAUAGGUAAACCCAGCCGCUUCAUCUUCGAUUGUGUGGCCAAGGAGUUCGGCCUCAAUCCAGAGCGCACCGUCAUGGUGGGAGAUCGUCUAGACACAGACAUCCUCCUGGGGGUUACUUGUGGCCUCAAGACCAUCUUGACUCUUACCGGGGUCUCCAGCUUGGAGGAUGUGAAAGGCAACCAGGAAAGUGACUGUUCUCACCGGAAAAAAAUGGUUCCUGACUUCUAUGUCGACAGCAUAGCCGACCUUAUACCAGCUCUUGAAGAUUAAAGAGUUACAGUGUCUUUAAUCUCCAAAAUAAAAAAUAAAAAAUCAGUUACCUUAAUUAAUGGGUGGGCUUGAACCAUGUACUCAUCUAGAUGAGUACAAAGAAUGUAUUGGAAUUUAAGAAACUUAGUUUGUAAACCUUGCAAUUGAGCUUGGGGGGAGGGAGGGAAUGAUUUUGUUUACAAAUUCCUCUAUUUUAAGAUGCACUUUGAAAGGGGGGGAAGAAACAUUGUUGUGGCUCCUGACUAUAUUUUGUUGGGAGGGAGGGCCCACCACAAUGCCUGCCUUCCAGGAUUCAGCUAGCUUCAGAGUUGUACCUGAAGUUGCAGGGUUAAGGAAGGAAGUGUUUCAGCCUUUUGUUCAAAUUUGUCCUUCAGAAAAAUCUGAAAUUCAAAGUUUAUUCAGGGAUAAGCCUUUUUUUCAGGCAAGGAUGUGGGGCUAUUUUGUGACUUCUUGAGAACUGGUACAAGCCAAAUCAGGCCCAGCCUCGACAUCUUUUGUCCUUGGUGAAGCCAUGUUUUAGAGGCCUUCGCCUUAGGGUUACCAGGACUUGGGGAAGGAGAAGGGAAUGCUCCCAUUUGGAGACCCUCCAUUGAAUCGAGGGUCUGUCCCCAUCUCUGUUCCUCUUCCCCUUCCCCUUUCAAGACAAUUGCACUCUGAUUGAUGUCACAAAUGGGCAUUUGUUGCAUUUCAAACUUGGGGCCUUUGGGCCUUGCUUUGCCUCCAUCCAGAUGGAUCUGUAAAAUCUCAGGAUAACUCAGAAACCUGAGGAAGUCUCAAUCCAUCACCAAUAUUUAUUUAAAAUAUUAAGUGAAGUAUAUUAUAUAGAACAGUUUAUUAAGUGCGUACUAGAGAGAAUGUAACUGGUGUCCACCCUGCCUGGUCUCUUUGUUUAGUACUGCUGUUUAGUGAACUGAAAGUGGAUGUUGGUACCAAAAACUAUUUUUUUACUUUUGAACAACUUUGUAAAGUGGUGGAAUUAAAUCUUAAGUGUACUAAUUGCUGUUCUCAUGUCCUAGGAAAAAUAUUUAAAAGGAUUUCAAAUACCUGGUUAGGACAAGUGCUGGCAGUGGUUCUGUGGGUGGUGAAAGAGCUCAGAGGCUCCAGAUAUGACAGGCUGCAGACUCCCACAAUGUCCCACUGAUGCUUAGACCCACAACAAAGGUGCCUCAUCUUAAAGGAACAACCUGUAUGACUGGAGCCAUGUCUGAUAGUGGGAACAAGCCAGUGAAGGUGGGGUCCUUUUAAAAAGCAGAAGGCCAAAGCAGUGCAAGGCUAUAUAUAGCUUUGCAGCCUUUUCCCCUUUCUCUCUCUCUC